AUGCCAUCAAAGGUAGAAAAGCCCAAGGUAACUCGUGUUAGCAAGCAACACUUACAUGAAAAGAAAGUUGAUGCAUUAACAAGAAGAAUUAGUUGCCCGACAGUUCGCGUCGAAGUGAGAAGUCAACCGAUAGAUCAUUCAAAUAACUUCGUUGAAUCACUGAACGAACCGAAUCGGAGACACUGCCAAUCUCUUAGCGUGCAAAAUACUACUUUGUCAGGAACGUAUUCACAUCGAUCAAUUGAAUUAAUAAACAGCAAAAAUUAUCCAUCAUGUUCUACGCAUGAUGGUUCGCGGGCAGAUCACAGUGGGAACAAGCGAUUAACACCUGAGGCAAUUCAUUGGUCUCCAGUAUCUAAUCUUACGUCGUCUACUGGCAGCUCAAAUCAAAAGCCACUAAUCAGUACAAAAGAAAGUGCAUCAACUAGGACGAGCAAUUAUUUUUCGAAGAACGACUUCAAUGCAUUUAAUUUCUUUGACAAGAAUAAGGGCGACCAAGAAAAGGACAAACGUCGAAGACGAGCUGGAGGAUUCCUUAUGACACGAUGCUGUUGUUACAUGCUGAUGGCUUCUAUUCUAGCAUGUAUAUUACUGGCAACACUCAUUGCAAGUAUUAUUUUAAUCGCUGUACAACCAACGACGACGACAACGACUACAACAUCAACGACCAGCACUUCAUCUACAUCGACAACAAGUACUAGCACCUCGACUUCAACAUCAACUAGUACCUCAACUUCUACUUCGACUAGCAGCUCAACAUCCACGUCAAGCAGUACCAGCUCAACAUCCACAUCAACAACUACCACUGAUUACUGUUCUACUUUUCGAUGGAAUCAGACGGGUGAAGUUGUUGCUGGCACGGGUUCAGGAGCUUCAGGUGCUAAUCAAUUUAAUAAUCCCGCUUGGCUAUACAUCGAUGCAAAUGAUACCAUGUACAUACCUGAUCAUCAUAAUAAUCGUGUUCAGAAAUGGACCAAAGGCGCUGCAAGUGGCACGACUGUAGCUGGUGUUAGCGCCGGAUCGGGAGCGACAGCAAUUCCGCAUCCAGAAUAUCUGACCGUGGACAAAGACGGAUAUAUAUACGUUACUGGCCAUCAACUAACCGGAGUUGUACGAUUUCCACCUAAUUCGUACGUUGGUACAAUUUAUGCUGGAACUAGCUCCACUGGAAGUGCAUUGAAUCAGCUCGAUGGGGCAACAGGUAUGGUCGUUGAUGAUAAUCUAGAUCUUUACGUUGUUGACACGGGAAAUAAUCGAGUUAUGAAAUGGUCACAAAAUGCUUCGAGUGGUGUUGUUAUGAUUAGUGAUAGCGAUAUUGCCAAUGUACAUGGGAUUCAAUUUGUUCCUGGAAAGUCGAAUCAAGUAUAUUUAAGCGAUGCAAGUAAAAAUAGUAUAUACAUGUGGACAUUUAAUGCAUCAUCACCGAAUAUAACGCUUACUCAAGUUGCCAGUGCCUCUAAACCUAACCUUGACAAUCCAUGGGGAAUAGUUGUCGAUAAAUACAAUAGUUUGUAUGUUGCUGAUCAAAGUAACAAUCGAAUAGUAAUGUAUUGCGGUGAUUCACGUAUUGGUAUUCCCGUUGCUGGAGAAACUGGUACUACACCUGCUCCUAUCAAACCGAUGGAUGUUGGAUUUGAUUCUGAUAUGAAUAUGUAUGUCGUUCUUGAUGGACAUGAAGUUAUUAAAUAUACUCGAAUAUAG